UAAGAGCUAGUCACAUGUCUCCACCUGGAUGCACAGGGACCGGGAAGGCAGCUACUGGCUGGAUAGCAGCUUUGCAGGGGUGAUGAUGAAAAGGGGAAAGAAACUUUCCGUGAACAAUUAGUGGUCUGUCUCACAAGUACUAUGACACCAAAAAGGAGUAAACUUUAAAGACACCAAGCUGCCACAGAAGUGUCCUUUUCAUUUGAUGUGGGAAAUGGGCCGGUAGAGAUUAUAGUGAGGUCACCAACCCCUCUCAACGAUGACCAGUGGCACCGGGUCACUGCAGAGAGGAACGUCAAGCAGGCCAGCCUACAGGUGGACCGGCUGCCCCAGCAGAUCCGCAAGGCCCCAACAGAAGGCCACACCCGCCUGGAACUCUACAGCCAGUUAUUUGUUGGUGGUGCUGGGGGCCAGCAGGGCUUCCUGGGCUGCAUCCGCUCCUUGAGGAUGAAUGGGGUGACACUUGACCUGGAGGAAAGAGCAAAGGUCACAUCUGGGUUCAUAUCCGGAUGCUCAGGCCAUUGCACCAGCUAUGGAACAAACUGUGAAAACGGAGGCAAAUGCCUAGAGAGAUACCACGGUUACUCCUGCGAUUGCUCUAAUACUGCGUAUGAUGGAACAUUUUGCAACAAAGAUGUUGGUGCAUUUUUUGAAGAAGGGAUGUGGCUACGAUAUAACUUCCAGGCACCAGCAAUCAAUGCCAGAGACUCCGGCAGCAAAGUAGAGAACUCUCCCGACCAGCAGAACUCCCACCCAGACCUGGCCCAGGAGGAGAUCCGUUUCAGCUUCAGCACCACCAAGGCGCCCUGCAUUCUCCUCUACAUCAGCUCCUUCACCACAGACUUCUUGGCAGUCCUCGUCAAACCCACCGGAAGCUUACAGAUUCGAUACAACCUGGGUGGCACCCGAGAGCCAUACAAUAUUGACGUAGACCACAGGAACAUGGCCAAUGGACAGCCGCACAGUGUCAACAUCACCCGCCACGAGAAGACCAUCAUUCUCAAGCUCGAUCAUUAUCCGUCUGUGAGUUACCAUCUGCCAAGUUCCUCCGACACCCUCUUCAAUUCUCCCAAGUCGCUCUUUCUGGGAAAAGUUAUAGAAACAGGGAAAAUUGACCAAGAGAUUCACAAAUACAAUACCCCAGGAUUCACUGGUUGCCUCUCCAGAGUCCAGUUCAACCAGAUCGCCCCUCUCAAGGCUGCCUUGAGGCAGACGAACGCCUCGGCUCACGUCCACAUCCAGGGCGAGCUAGUGGAGUCCAACUGCGGAGCCUCGCCGCUGACCCUCUCCCCCAUGUCGUCUGCCACCGACCCCUGGCACCUAGAUCACUUGGAUUCAGCCAGUGCAGAUUUUCCAUAUAAUCCAGGACAAGGCCAAGCUAUAAGAAAUGGAGUCAACAGAAACUCGGCUAUCAUUGGAGGCGUCAUUGCUGUGGUGAUUUUCACCAUCCUCUGCACCCUGGUCUUCCUGAUCCGGUACAUGUUCCGCCACAAGGGCACCUACCAUACCAAUGAAGCGAAGGGGGCGGAGUCGGCAGAGAGCGCAGACGCCGCCAUCAUGAACAACGACCCCAAUUUCACAGAGACCAUUGAUGAAAGCAAAAAGGAAUGGCUCAUUUGAGGGGUGGUUACUUGGCUAUGGGAUAGGGAGGAGGGAAUUACUAGGAAGGAGAGAAAGGGACAAAAGCACCCUGCUUCAUACUCUUGAGCACAUCCUUAAAAUAUCAGCACAAGUUGGGGGAGGCAGGCAAUGGAAUAUUCUUGAGACUGAUCACACACACACACAAAAAAAAAAUUUAAUAUUUCUUUAUAGCUGAGUUUUCCCUUCUGUAUCAAAACAAAAUAAUACAAAAAAUGCUUUUAGAGUUUAAGCAAUGGUUGAAGUUUGUAGGUAAUAUCUGUCUUACUUUGUGUGUGUUUAGAGGUGUUCUAAAGACCCGUGGUAACAGGGCAAGUUUUCUACAUUUUUAAGAGCCCUUAGAACACGGGUAUUUUUUCUUGAGAAAAGCUGAUGCACCUACAUAUGGCCCCAACAUUCUCUUCCUUUUGCUUCUAGUCAACCUUAAUGGGCUGUUGUAGUAACUAGUUCGUGUUCAUAUACUAUUUCCUUUGAUGUCCUAUAAGUUGGAAAAGAAACGGGCAAAGAGAACCUAUUAUUUGCCAGUUUUCAAGCAGAGUUCAAUCUAUGCCAGCUCUCUGGCAUCUGGGGUUCCUGACUGAUAACAGCAGUUGAAGCAAGAGAGUGCAUGGCACCUGGUGUGUAACGACACAAUCAGCACAACUGGAGAGAGGCAUUAAAGAACCAGGGAAGGCAGUUUAUAUUGGGGUUGUUGGUUUUUCAUUGAAUUCUACAAGCUAAUAUUGUUCUAAUAUGUAGUCUUAGACCAAUUCAAUAUCUGUAACUAUCAGCUGCAAUACCAUGGUGACCAGCUGUUACAAAAGAUUUUUUCCUGUUUUAUCUGAAACAUACUGGAUUUAUAUAUGUAUAAGCGCCUCAAUGGGGUAUUAGAGCCAGAUGUUAUGAUUUGUUUGCUCUUUUUCUUUUAAAGUUGUAGCAAACGUAUGGAUAAUUUCUAGUGAAUGCAUAAAUUAGGUUGCGCUUCUUAUUUUGCUUUAAGUCUCUGGUAGUUUUUCCACCCCUGUGAUAAAAUCCUAAUAGACCGUGUCCUAUAAAUGGAUGCAACACAAUAAAGUUAUUACGGCUGUUACUCUGGAUGAUAUGGAAAACACUGCCAUAUUUUAAAUCAACUACUCCAUGUGUUUUUCCAUGCAAUCACACUGCUGUGAUUCAGGGAUCUUCUGAGAUGGACACAUUUGAACCUCAAGUUCCUCACAAACCUGGUACCUGUUGCUUCUCAGACGAUGGACAAGUGUAGUUAGUCACACCUCUUAGUUUAAUCUGAAACCUUGACCCAGUUGUGUAACAAAUAACUCAUUGAUUAUAUUUAAAAAUAAUACACUUCAUGUAAACAAAUGGGGACAAUGCAUCCAAAAAUAAUCUUAUUUUUUAAACAGAUUAUACAAAAAUUAUUUCUAGAAAGACUACCAUUUGUGAUCAUUAUAUUUCAAGCCUCUUAUACUUAAUAAGCACUUUUUUAAAAAUCUUGAGAUCCCACCAUUCUGAGGAAUUAAAUAUGAUCACUUUUUCCUUCUUUGCCUGGGAGAGGUUAAGAGGAGGUUUCAGAGGUAUAGAUGCUAUUGUUCUGAUGGCCUGGCUCAAUAAAAUGGAAAUUCUAGUUGGUUAGAAUAAUGCAUUUUUUUUUUUCAAGAUUCUCAGUAUGCCUAACUUAUUGGGGCAUGUCAGUUUCUUGGGUAAUGGGAAAACAUUACCUAGAGUUGCUAGUGGCACAUUACACCAGUACACAGCACAUUCCAAAAGAGACAUUGGACCAGUUAAUUCCCAUGCAAGUCAAGGUAACAGAACAAAAGGGAAUCCUGAUGCCCUUUUACCAUUGCUGGUUGAGCUCAGGCACUGUCAUGGACACCCUUAAUUUUAAAAGGUUUUAAUCAUUCUCUAUAAAAUACAUUUAAAGUGGAGAAACAUUUAAUAUCACUAAAUAUCAGAACAAUGUAACAUUUACAAAUGAAAUAUUGAAAGCAAAGGCUGUUUUAUUUAGCCAAGAUGACUACCAUUAGGAGUUACUGUAUGUAUUGUUGAACGCAAAUUUUAAACAUAACAUUUUAAAAGUGUUUCUGAUUUUUAAACCCGGUUUACAGGUAUUACUCCUGCACUUACCAAAUAACGCCCGAUGGAAAUUUAUUAUUUCUUGCAAUUCCCACGAUAGCUCUGUUCAUUAUGCAUUGUCAACACUUUUCCUUUUUUCCCCCAAAAUGAGUAGGGGAUUAAAGUCACCCAAAACAGCUUCUGCUACUAAAAUGUUCUCAUCCUUUCUCCUCCCGCAAAAGGUGAAAAAUGAGAUCCAAUCCUCUCACCAAAAUUUCAAACCUAGGACACUGGAAUGACUGCAGGGAUCAGUGGUUCUCCCAUAUCACCAUCAAUUAAGACAUAUAGGAUACUGUCUCUCUCUCUCUUCAAGAGGGUUACAAUAUGGCCAUCAGACAGGAAACCAAAAGGUGGAUAAAGUAUUAAGUAAUUAAGUGCCAAAUCAAUGCUGGAAAUCUUGACCUCUUCUUGGGAUUAUGAGUUUAACAAAAAUCCCUACAUCUGCUUAUGAAGGCCAUAUCCAGUACAUUUUAAAUGGUAAAUAAUAUAUUUAUGUGAAGAAAAGGAAUUAAGUCUUUCUUCCAACUCUCUCCCUGGACAGCCUAACACAGUGCAGCCUCGAUAACCAUGACAUUCCCACCCAAGCUCUCAGUGCCUAAUCCUGCUGUGUCAUUCACUUCUCACACAAUCUUGACAUCUUAUAUUCCAAUACAUUAUCAAGCAAGCACAAGUAUAUUGGUAGUAGCCUCUUUAAAUAAUAUGUAUAGACAACAACAACAACAAAAUAGGCUGUUCUAAAGUUUCAGGGAAAGUUAAUGGCGGAUUUAAGGUUGUGCAGGAAACAUCUGUGUAUGAAGCAAAUGUCGAUGUUUUGGAAAGAUAGGAGAUGACUUUGAAUGAAUGCAAGGUUAGUGCGACUCUAAGCUCUCAAAAUAGCAGACUCCCUAGAGUUCAAGAAAGCUGGUCCAGGAGGUUGAAAAAGUUGUUUUAUUGUUAAAUUAUUUUCUGGCCCUUCUUAAUAUUUAAAAAUAUAUUUCCCCUUGUGGCUUUCAACCAACUGCUCAAAGAGACUUGUUAUGUGGAAGUUUUCAUUAAAGAGCUGAAAACAAGAAUUUAGACAGCCUUUACUAGAAAACGUCCUACUGCCCUGCAUUUGACAAACAAGCAUCGUUUACUAACAAGAACAGGAAUUCAGAGACACAAGAAAAAGCAAUGGCAUAAGUCAAAGAGUCUAUCUUAAUAUUACUUUUGAACAUCUGCUGAGCAGUCACCAUAUAUGCAGGCUGAGAGCUGGGCACAGACAGAAGCCACUGGAAGCACUUCAGGAACAAGCACACAGCUAUGGGACUUGAACAUGCAAGUGUUCAGGUCGCGUCAAGAAGCUUUUCUUUCCUUCUAUGAUGCAAUCUGUUCUUUCCGAUCCUACUUUUUUCUCUCUUCCUCUCCUUGCCACACUAUAUCCUGCUCUUACGCAGCAAACAUUUUAAUGGCCCCUUUAUGUCUCAUGCCUCCAAACAACACUGAAUUUGAAAACCUCCCCCCUUUUCUUUUCACCACUCUGUUGAGCAAUUUUCCCAAAAAAAGGCAGCAAUUAUUAAACUUAAUUCAAGUAAGCCAGUCAAAGAUAGGUCCUAAAUUGCUAGUCCCAAUAGAACCACCUGAUCCUAAACCAGUGAGAAACAAACAGUAACAAUGUCCGCCGCUGACUUCAGCUAAGAAUCAAUGGCCCCUGCCCACCUCCCCCCCAACUUUUCUUUCUUUUGAGACGGAGUCACACUCCAUCGCCCAGGCUGGAGUGCACUGGCGCCAUCUUGGGCUCACAGCAACCUCCUCCUCCUCCCACAUUCAGGCGAUUCUCCUGCCUCAGCCUCCCAAGAGCUGGGAUUACAGGCACUCGCCAUCACACCCGGCUAAUAUUUUUGUAUUUUUAGUAGAGGCCGGGCUUCACCGUGUUGGCCGGGGUGGUCUCAAACUCCUGACCUCAAGUGAUCCGCCCACCUCGGCCUUGCAAAGUGCUGGGAUUACAGGUGUGAGCCACCGUGCCGAGCCAGCCCCAUUUUUUAAAUGAUGAUUUGAUAAGAGUGGACCCUGAGAAUUAGCUGACAGCAUCCCCUUUCUCUCUCCCUGCCUUGGUGUGACCCUCCCCGUGUGACCUUGGUUAAGUCCUCGAACUUUUGUCCCGUAUUUAAGAUGGAGCUGUUUUACCUACUUCAUAAGACAGUUGCAAGGUGCCAUUGAUUCUUGACUACAAAAUACCCUGAAACCCUUAUAUGAAGGCUUAAGUCAACGGAGUCUAGUGGAAGAUUUGUGGCUUGUGGUUGAAAGUCACAUCAAAAGACAAAUGUGGCCACGUUCAGGAAUUGGAGACUUACUGGCAUGGCUCUACAACUGCUCAAUUAUUAAUCAUGCAGACUAACCUGUCAACACUGGGAGAUGCAACAUAGCAAAAGGACAGAGAAAUUAGAAUAUUUUGUGCAGAAAGCCCUAAAUUCUCACCUGAAUGUAACUUAUAGCUCCCUUACCUACUCUUACACAUGCCUUCCCAACAUGCUAGACUGGCUUAUACAUAGGCCAACACAAAAUACAAACGUGACAUGUUCAUGUAGCCUAGUGGCUCGGUGCCUAUUCUCCAUGUAUCUGCAUGGUAAUGUUGGAAACUAAGUACAUUUCUUUCACAGCAGUUUUCUUCAUAAGUGGUAUAUAAAUCUCAUAUUCAAUGAAAUGGGGAAAUCAUGUUGAGAAGUUGGUUUGUUAUCUCUCAUUGAGCAAAGACUGGCAGGAGAUAAUAAAAAUAAAUAUGGGCACACACGUAUUAAUAUACAGCACGCAUUUACAAGUUUAUUUUCCAGAUAAAAUUGUGGUAUAAGAACAGUUCUACCAAAACAGUCUGCACCAUUUCCAAAUCUCAGUUAAUUUACAGCAACUGCUGCUUUUGGAGAUGGCUGUGAAAAUAUGGAAGUUCCUCUCAAGUAGGCCAAGAAACAGUUCUAGAUUUACUGAUUCUAAGUUUUAUUUUGUCAAGUUUUUAAAAUUUUCUCAGUGAGCAUGGUGACUGCAGAGGUUAGCGUUGUGAAAAGCUGGGCUAAAUAUUCUUUCUGUAAAGUCCAAUAGGAUUCCAUCCCUAUGAAAUAACACAAAAUUUCACUCUCUAAAAGCAACAGCAUGUAAAACUAGAAUGAAAAAAGGAAAUUAUGUACGUAUGCCUAAUAUUCUUUGUGAAUGUCUUUCAUUUAACUAAAAUUAUAUUAGAAACCAGAUUGAUAAAUAAAAAUUUCAACAUAGUUUUAAUUAUCCUAAAA